CAGCUUUUCAGUUCUCCACCGUGUGUUAGAUAAGGUGAUGCAGUCGAAAAUGCAUGCCCGUUCCAGCUUCCUGCCCUGGCUGCUGCUGUUGGCGGUUUGCGCCGCGUUCACAGCGCUCGCAUCAGCCCAGAUGGUAGACACCGAACCCCGCUCGAUAACGGUCGUGGAAAACCAGGAAAAUGUCAACCUACACUGCCGGAUAGGCCGCCCGGCGCAACUCUGCGUUAUACGUAUGCCCGGAGUGAACGAUCAGUUCUCGCUGGAUCCUAACCUGCCAUCACCAGUCGCCGGCAUGCAGUACUAUGGCGAAGGUCUACCACAAGGUUCCUGCGGUGUACGCAUCGACCGCGUCAGCGUUGAUAACGCGGGUCUCAUGAACUGUACGCUUUUCGUCGAUGGACGUGGUCUAACGGGAGCCAUUGAGAUUGUGGUCGCAUUCCCACCGGAGCAGCCCGUGAUUGAGGUUAGGUCUGGCAAUCUGGCAAACGUGGAAGUCAACAGCGAGCUUACCUUCCAGUGCGAGGCAGCCCGUGGCAACCCGGCAGCAAACAUUUCGUGGUUCUUGGAUCAGGAGCAGAUUUACGAAGGUGUGCGUCCGGUUGAGCCCGAAGAAUACUUCGAUGAGGGUGUCAACAAGCGUUUCUUCACCGCUAAGUCCGUGUUGACUCGCUCUAUCCGCGCCGAGGACAAUGGCAAACGUUUGACGUGUCAGGCCCAGCAUCUUGCCUAUCCCGAGGGAGUAUCCCGCACCGAUCUGAUCCUUAACGUAAACUUCCAACCUCAAGCAUUGCCAGACCAAACAGUUUAUGGACUGCAGCUGGGACGUACCGCCACCGUGAGCGUGGUGAUUAAGGCUAACCCUGCGCCACGUAUCCUGUGGACCGUUGAUGGUAUCGACUACCAGCAAGGCAUGGAACAGGGACGAUAUGCCGUACCGCUUCCUGAAGGACUGGGUAACAAUCGCUACAAUGUGUCCCUGACCAUUGCCGGUCUGACGCUGGAGGACCUCUCAAAGGUGUACACGAUGCGUGCUUCGAACAACUUCGGAACCGAGGACUACCGGCUGAACCUGCGCUCGCAAGAGGAGAUCGUCAACGAGUCGAGCGGUGUCGGCAUCGGUGAGAUCGUUGGCCUUGUCCUGGCCGUGCUGAUCGUCCUGACAGCCGUCGCCCUGAUCUUUGUGGCACGCGCAACCGGCAGAUGGUGCUUCCGAGGCAAAAACAGCUCCACCUCGACCAGCGCGGCAAAGAUUGGCGAAACAAGCGACACCGAGAGCGCCGAGGUGAAGCAACCGAUGACGAAAACGCAGCGUUUGAAGAACAUUUUCGCGCGGCGUGUGCUGCGUCCUGCGGGCAGCGAACUACCGGAAGAAACCCCCGAAGACGCCACAACUGCCGUGGAUGAACGAGACACGAAAUUGGCGGCGGAUCCGAGCAAAACGGCCAAGGACGAUCAAACGCUGGUAUACGCCGAGCUGGAACUAAAACCGGCCGGUGGGGAGAUUUCGUUCGUCAACAAGCCGCCACCGCCCACCAACGAAUCGACUGAGUACGCAGAAAUACUGUACGUGCAGCAGCAGGCCGGUGGUGGGGCCAAUGCGGCCACAACCGGAACAGAACCAGCACAACCGGUGGCCCCGAUGGCAAUGCAGCAACCGCGACUGCAGCAGCAUUCCGGCGAGGACAAUCGGCCCGUCAUCGACGGCAGCAUCCUGAAGCCGGGUGCGAAAGGUGAUGGCAGUAAGACGGCGGGUAAAUAAAUACCCGCUCGAUAGUGCCAGCGUGUGGCCGGCCACCUCGUUUGAAUAAGCCUUAGAAGCGUAAAGAAAGCUCGUGACACAUCCGUUCCAGAUUGCACGUCGGGGUUUGGGGAAAAUUCCAACCGACGAGAGGGCGGUUUCUGUCACCUACUCCAUUCCGUCCAUUAUCCGCAGAUUGACAUUUUCCUCUUUUUACAAUUAACGCUCUCAUAUUCAUUCAUCAAUUAUGCAAAAAGUCUGUUUUCAUCGCACAAGAAAGAGUGCUGCAUUUUUACUCCAUUCAACGCCACAUUAUGAAAGUGAAACGUAAACGAAGAGAAUGUGGAGAAUAAAUUAAGUCGUAGAAAAUAAGCAAGUGCACGGGGGGCCAAAAAAAAAAAGAAUUUUGUGGUGAGGAAAAACAAAAGCUCAACUUGAAAGCUCGCUCUAAGAUUUCCGUAACCGUUUUACACGAAAAGGAUGUGUUCGGUGAGGUGAGGAAUUUUUAAUU